AUGGCUGGCUGGCCGUGGGUACAAUCAUUUUGGCCUCUACAUCCACGAUGUCGUCUGUCGUGGAAACAAGAAGAGAUCCAUGGAGCGUACCUCAGCGUUCUGUUCGAGAACAUGGCAGAUCCAAUCAUCACGGGGCGCGACGAGCUUGGUUACGCCAAGAUAUUUGCAACCUUGGACGAUACUCGGGACUCGAGCAGUUUGAAUCUGGAGAUGGGUUGGGAAGGCUCCCAAUGGGGACACCUGGCGAUCCGGGGCCUCCAGAAAAUCUCGGAAGACACAGAUGAGUACUUGAUCAAGCCGUUGCUUCAUCUCAAAUAUUUUCCGCGGACUGGCGAUGUCGGUGCUGCAGAUGUCGAGUCCCCCACAGUCACUCCAGGCAGAUCGGUAUGUCUCCAGGAGGUCUAUGAGGCAGAACCGACCAAUGUAGAGCUCAGCUUCAAGUCGCUGGGCUGGAACUCUUUGCCCACUCUUCAUCAUAUCGUGGACAAGCUAGCCGGCAUUCAAAUCCUGGAGAUUGAGAAAGCCCGUUUCGAAAUUCAAAAGGGAGGUCAUGAUGUUGGCACUCAACGCUCCAUCUUGGUCGAAGACAAAAAGGCUUGA